AUGUCUGGUAUGCAAUCAAAAGCAGCCAGGCUUCAAAAGGAACACAAAGAAAAGCCGCUAGCAGACACCGAGAGGGAAAUGGCCGCAUCAGAGGAUUUUAAGUACAAUGACGUAUCGUCGGUCAUGAUGAAGAAGUUUAAUGCCUUAAUGGAAAUGCAAGACAUGAUGUUUGUAGAGAUGAGAGAAAGCCUUAAAAAUGAUCUAAAGGAGAUGUUGGUAAAACGCGCACCACCCGAGCUGAAGAGUUCGGAGCACAGGAGAGCCCAGCAAGAAGGAAAAGAAUCAGCCGCAGAACGGCCAAAGCAGGGAGAAAAAGUGGAGGAGGAAAGUUCUGGAACAGAUGACACUGAAAACCUCACUGUGAAAAGUGAGGAAAAGAGCAAGCUGAGUAGGAAGCAGGACAAAAAACAGCACAAGAGCCAGCGCGGCGGCGUGAAACCAUCGCUAGAGAGGGCAGGAGAAGCCCUGCAUCGUCUAGAUGACAGGUGUAGAGACGGCAGUGGCCAGGUGGAUGUUCUAGGAGAGGACCCGAAGACUGGGGAGGACAAACCAGCCAAAGAAACAAGACAUCAGAAUAAAGAGAACCCCAUAAAUGCCUCCGGAGAAGACAGCGUGCCGCAAGAGGGAGCCAUCCUUAGGCUGGCUGCUGACUUCUCAUCAGCCUCACUGGAUAUCAACAAGCGGUGGGGCAGCAUCUUCCGCCUUCUGAAAGAGAAGGAGCUGGAACCUGAGCUGCAGUGCUCAGUUAGGUUAGCCUUUAAAUGUGACGGCGAAUCAAAGACCUUCUCAGACCUUUACAGCCUCCGGCAGUUCACCAGCACAAACCCUUUCCUGAGAGAGUUACUGAAAGAUGUGCUCCCACAAAACGAAGCAAGACAUGGAGGAAGAAAUGGGCUUCAAGAAAGACUGGGCCUGACUGUGGUACAAGAGCAUGGAGUUGAGAAAAUCACCAGGAGUAGUGAGGAGAUUGGUUUGAUUAGUUUGAUAGUAGAUUCUGAAUCAGAAGAAGGAAAUUUAAAGAAUUCCCAGACCAAGAAAAAGGAGACCUUCUAUGGACUUAGAGAACUUUCCUUUAGCUACUUGGUUUGGGAUUCUGAGGAAAAAAAGCUGGUCAAGUGCCAGGAGGGAGGAGCAGCUGCCAUGACUAGUCAGGGAACUGGGACACCCUGUCUCACCCUGUACUUGGCUUCUCCAUCAGAAUCCCUACAGGCAGGCAGUGAUGGUCCUAAGAGCCAUUCACAUUCAAAGCUGAGCGUCCCGUCACAAGUCACUCCACUUUUAGUGAACAUGGAGAAAGGGAGAUACAAGGCUCUGCAAGCAGAAGAGCUAAUGGCCAAAGAAGCAGACUUGAUCCAUGAAACUGAAGAAAACUUCAGAAGAAGUGUGAUCAGUACUAUCAGACAGAUGCAAAAGGAAGUUGAAGAUAUUAAAAAACUUUACUUCUUUGAUGUCUUAAAUAUGAAAAGUUCAAUGGAUGAUCUGAAUUCCUUGGCAUGCAUGAUUGAAGCGAGGGUGAAUGAGCAAGAGGAUGCAGUGGAGGGACUGACCAAGGAAACAAUGCAAUUGGCCAAGGAGAUCGUUGACAAGGAAAGGCUAAGGGAGAGAGAGGAUAGAUUGCGGAGCUCCAACAUCCGAGUGAUAGGAAUCCCAGAAAAGGAGAACCGCGAGAAUGGAGCAGAGGACAUCAUUAAGGAAAUAAUAGAAGAAAACUUUGCCGAGCUGGAAGACCCGAGUCUCGAGAUUGUCAGUGCUCAUCGAAUCCCUAAUGCAGUGGAUGAACACAGACUCACACCCAGACACAUCUUGGUGAAGUUUUGGAGUGCUGGUGAUAAGCAGAAAAUCCUAAAAGCUUCUAGAGCAAAAAAAGAAAUAACCUACAGAGGGUCAAAAAUCAGACUGACAGCUGACUUAUCACCUGGCACUAUAGAUGCCAGAAGUCAGUGGUCUGGGAUCAUAAAAAUUCUGCAAGAAGAAGGCUUUCAACCCAGAAUCCUUUAUCCUGCCAAACUGGCAUUUGAUUUUAAGGGUAAAACUAAAGUAUUUUUUGAUAUUGAAGAAUUUAAGAAGUUUGUUUCUGAAAUACCCUUUUUGAAAGAACUGUUGAGCAAUCUACUUUAG